UCUCAAUUUCAUGGCACAGCCCAACCUACACCAUCAAAUCUCUGCUAUAUUUAUUGAAAACCCCAUUCCGUGUUUGUUAAUUGCUCAAUCUAUUCAAUGCUCUGAAGAAGAAGAAGAAGAAGAAGAAGAAAGAUAGGGAAUGGAGAAAGGAGAGCCUGUGCUUAGAGAAGGGAAAUCCUUGGAAGAAACCCCAACUUGGGCUCUUGCAACUGUGAUCACUGUUAUGGUUGCAUUCGGUUUCCUGGUUCAUCACUCUUUGAAAAGAUUUGGGCGUUGGCUGGAAAAGACUAAGAGGAAAUCUGUGCUCGCAGCCUUGGAGAAGAUUGAAGAUGAAUUGAUGCUUUUUGGGGUUCUUUCGUUAUUGAUGGGCCAUUGGAUUGAAUUUUUUGCUAAAAUUUGCAUCAAAUCAUCCUCCCUGAAUAGCCGAUUCUAUCCCUGCCCAAAGCAACACAAUCGGAUCAAUUUGCAACAGAUGUUUGUUUUAAGUUCAAAGUACAGCGUGAGGUUGAACAGCACGGUUGCCAGAGAGCUUGAGGCUGCUGCUCAUAGGCGGCAUGAGCCGCAUGACUACUGUCCUGAGGGCAAAGAUUCUUUUGCUUCAUAUGAAAGCCUUGAGCAGCUUCACCAUUUUAUAUUCUUGCUCGGUGUCACCCAUGUUUCUUACACAUUUAUCGCCAUCGCAUUAGCUAUGAUCAAGAUAUAUAGCUGGAGAGCAUGGGAGAAUCAUGCCAAGGCAUCUGCCGCUCAACCUUUACAAGAAUCUUCACCAACAGUCGAAUCCAGUUUGAAAAUUAGGCGACAGAGUACUUUCAUUGCGCACAAUGUUUCCCAUCCAUGGAGCCAACAUGGAGUUCUUGUUUGGCUGCUUUGCUUCAGCCGCCAGUUCUGGAGUUCUAUAAACCAAGCUGACUAUAUGGCUUUGCGCUUGGGGUUCAUUACAACCCAUGAGCUGCCUUUGACAUAUGAUUUCCAUAAUUAUAUGGUACGAAGCAUGGAAGACGAAUUCCGCGAUAUAGUUGGCAUUAGCGUGCCCUUCUGGAUUUAUUGCAUAUUGUGCGUCUUUCUUGACUUCCACGGAACCCAUAUUUACUUUUGGCUUUCGUUCCUUCCUGCCAUUUUGAUUCUGCUAAUUGGGACAAAACUGCACCGCGUUGUCGUAAAAUUGGCCGUCGAAAACAUGCAAAAUAGUCCAUCUGAGGGUUUCCAUAAAUUUAAUCUGAGGGAUGAACUCUUUUGGUUCGGAAGGCCCCGGCUUCUCUUACGUUUGAUACAACUUAUUUCUUUUCAAAAUGCAUUUGAGAUGGCUUCAUUCCUUUGGUCACUGUGGGAAAUUAAGGAUCCUUCUUGCUUCAUGGAGAACCGUGCCUUCCUUGUGACUCGUUUGGCAUUCGGUAUAAUCUCCCAGUGCUGGUGUAGCUACAUAACAUUCCCACUCUAUGUUAUAGUUACACAGAUGGGUUCGAAGUUCAAAAGUGGAUUAGUUUCUGAAAAUGUGAGACGAUCGCUAUCCAAAUGGAAAAGAAGAGUGCAGGAAAAGCAGAGUGCCUCAAAUUCAGUCAGGGAAUCACCCUCAACCUCGUCUUUGGACUCCAUGGGAACCGAGCUAAGCAAAGGCCACGGCGUUGGCACUAGCCGCUAUGGGCUGAGAACCACAUCAGAUAAAGAUUCAGCAUCACCGUCUCAGCAUCAUCAAGAGGCCUAUGCAAUGCAAUACUCACCAUCUUCGUUUAAAGGCAACAAGUUGAAGGCUCCACAUAGCUAUUACUCCGAGGAUGAUUACAGUCCUGAUUAUGACCAUGUGGAUGCCCGUAAUAACGAUGAAAGUUUUGAUGCUGAAGAUGAAAUACAUCACAUUGAACCUUGAUCCUUGCGGCUGAUGAAAAACAA